AUGAGGCAAGCUCACACCAGAGAGUACAAUGAAACCAUCGAAGUAGCGUCCACUCAGCCAAAAUGGUCGGAAGACGAAGCACGGUUGCUCGCGGAGAAAGAAGCUGCGCUGCCCGCGAACACAAAAUUUAUAAACAAAACUUUGGCUGCAGGAUCUUCACGAUCUAUUCAAGCCAUAAGUUCGAAGCGUGCUACGGUGCAUUACAAUGCGCUUCUCGCAGAAGUUAGGAGGGAAAUAGCAGGUGAAGCGCAGAUUGCGAGAGCGCUGGGAUCGGCUUCGAAUGGCCAAGAGUCGUCAGAGCUGUUACACAGCAGUAAUUUGGCAGCAGAAAUGCCGACUCGUUACUCCUGGACUUCGAACCGUGAAAGUAAUGCUAGUGAUGUAGACCAGGCUAAGUGUCCUGACAUCAAACAAUAUGUAAAGGACAACAUCUUAGGUGUCGGGGAACACAUCGUUAACAUCAGCGAUGGGAUGUUGGAUGCGUUGGUGGAGUUUGCGGACUAUGACAUGGAAGGAAAGAACCCUGUGCAACAAUCGCUAGAAGCAUUAAUGCUUACUAUAGGAAAUGUUCCAUGCUCUCAACAACAGGGAGCUGCUUUGAGGAAUACUGAUGCAAGAGAGUUCAUACCGCGAAUUCGGCGAAAAAGGCAAAGGUAUGCACAUUAUCAGUAUCUCUACAAGCAUGAUCGACCUAAUUUAGCCGCCGAGCUGUUCGAUGGGGUGAAUAGUACAGCCGAAUGUCCAACCAUCGGAGUUGCCUAUAAACAUUUCAAAAACGUAUGGUCCGGGGUAACGCGGGAUAACGGUGCAUUUGUCCGUGGAAAAGAAGUAGGGGCUGAUAUUCUUUUAGCGCCUAUCACACUAGAAGAUAUCACGUGGGCCUUGAAAAAUACACCGAAGGAUACGGCAAAAGGACCAGACCAGUUACCAUUAUGGAAGUUGAAGAAGAUCAAAACGCACGAGUUAUGGGCAGCAAUGAAUGUUUGGCUCGGCUUGAGACGGGUUCCGGCCAGUCUUAAGCUGAACCGAACAAAGUUAUUACCGAAAGGAACGGCACAGUUAGAUAACAUCAAGAACUGGCGUCCAAUAACAAUUGCUUCCAUCUUAAUUUGUCUCUUCAACAAAAUCCUGGCCAAUAGAAUGUCCAAAGUUUUUCAAACAGAUGCUCGGCAAAGGGGUUUUAAACCACUGAAUGGGGCUGGACAAAACAUAGCGAUGUUGCAUCAUCUUAUACGACAUGCACGCACACAUAAACGCGAUCUAUAUGUGUGCCUGCUGGAUGUCUCGAAGGCAUUCGAUUCUGUGCCGCAUGACUCAGUGAUUAGAGCGUUGAUGCGCAAAGGAGCUCCGGACGAAUUUAUUAAAUUAGUGAAGAAUCAGUAUAUGGGAGCAUUUACCAGUCUAUCGUAUGCUGAUAAGAGUUCGUUGUUGACCAAGCUGAAGAGGGGAGUGAAACAAGGUGACCCCUCUUCCAUCUUAUUCAACCUAGUGCUCGAUGAACUUUUCGAGUUACUAGGCGAUCGCCUUGGAUACAAUAUCGAGGAAGGGGGGCGUGCGAAUGCCAUGGCAUUUGCAGAUGAUUUGGCAUUGGCGUCUGGCUCUAAAAUCGGGCUACAGAGUGUACUGAAUACAACAGUCGACUUUCAGCGAGAGGGCUAG